UGAAGAAGCAAAAACAGUAUUUACAACCACAACGAUACCAGUAUAAGCAAAAACAUCAGCAACAGUAACGUGUGAAGCACACAGCAGUGGCACUUGCUGAAUUGAAGGAAAAAUCAAUACGUUUGAUAUAUACACGAAAAAAAAAAUAGUUGCACACAACAGAAACAGUGCAAAAUAAACUGUGUGUAUUUUUUGCCAAACAAAAAGAAAAACGAAGAGAGGAAGGGGGAAAAUCACGGAAGAAAAUUUUCGCACUGGAUCAAUUUUAAUUCGCAACGAUAUUGUGUAUUUCGUCGUAUUUGUAUUCGCUUUCUAUCUGUAAAAAAAAUUCCAAAUUUAUUUAUUUUUUUGUUUUUGGCAAACUACAACACAUUAUUUACUCCCAAUUUUCGUUAUUUUGCAUCUUUUAUGUAUGGCUAUAUUCGAAAGAAAAUUCAAACAAAAAUCAACAUUAGAUGAUACACACAAUUUAAUAUGUACCAUUGAAACAGCGCAAAAGGUCAACGGACACACGGAAUAUGUGCUUCGAGUGCAAAGAGGUAUUUCGAAAGAAAAUACAUGGCGAGUAUUGAGAAGAUACAAUGAAUUUGUGGCAUUGCAUAAAGAACUACAAAUAUCCGGUAUUGACCUACCGUUACCUGGAAAGAAAAUUGUUGGUAAUAUGCGCCCAGAGUUCAUAGCUGAAAGACGACUGGCUUUGCAAAAUUAUAUAAACAUUGUACUAAUGAAUCCAAUACUGGCAUCAUCGCUUCCGGCAAAGAAAUUUGUGGAUCCGGAAAGUUAUAAUCAAUCAUUCCACGAUAUUGCGGUCCAAAAUGCGGCAUUAUGUUUGCGCACCGAAGGUGCAUAUACGCUUGGCCAAAGUUUAGGCCUAAUUGGAUGGCGCAUUCGCAAGCAUUUUUUUAAAGUGACACAAAAAUUAAAUGCAAACACUUCAACAGCACAAACAAGUGGCAGCGGCAGUAGUGGCGGUCACACAAGUAAACAUACAUUGACCAAAUCGAGUUCACAAUCGCAUGCAAAAUUAUUAUCGACAGCGGCCAGUUUAUCACUGGAAAAUCAACCAAAAUGUUUGGAUGGUGUUGAAUUUUUAACAUUGGCCUGGAGUGAAUACGGUCCAGACAAAUAUAUCGACGAAAAAGAAAUUCAUGCUACACUUAAAAUGUUAACCACCAUACAACAUCCGUUCAUAAUGCCAAUCGAAUAUAUGGCAAGCAAUGACAGUGGCGCUUUAUUUAUACGGAAUUUCUAUUCGAAAGGAAGCCUAAAGGAUUUGCUAUAUGGAACAUCGCCAAAAAAUCCAUUUUUACAAAAGUAUGGCAAUCCAAUUGGACGUUGCCGCGGACCAAUGUCAAUAAAAGACAUUGCCAUUUAUGGUCGACAAAUUUUGGAAGCACUGCUUUUUCUACAUUCCAAAGGAAUUCCUUGUGGUCACGUACAUGCUGGUAAUGUGAUAAUUGCUGAUGGAGUUGCACGUUUGGUUGACAUUGAGAAUUUCGUUCUUGGCGUUUCAUCAUUUUAUCGUCCGUUUUUCGUACAACACAGCAAAAUUAACACAUAUGAAUUGAUCGAUGUGUAUAGCUUUGGACAUCUUUUAUACGAGCUUACAUUCGGUUAUCCACUCCAAGAGUCAAUCAUUCGUCAACCCAUUGAAUGCACAUCGGAAACAUUGAAAGAGCUACUCGAAUCGAUAUUAUCGAAAGAUGCUUGUAAAGUUGGUUUACCGAGUUUGGAGCGUCUGGUUCAACAUCCGUUCUGGCAUGAAAACGUACCAAAAUUCCACGAGCAAUACAUGAGCGGAAAUGAUGCCACCAAACACACACUUAAAUUAACCAAUAAUGCCAAAGAACACAUUAAAAUUGCUGCACAAAAAACCGAACAACGUCUUCGCGAUGAACAAAAAUCUGUGAAAAAUCAAAAAAGGCUAGUCAGAGUUCAAGAACUCAUGAGUUCUGAAGAGGAAAAACGGAAAAUUAAGCAUCAGAAAGCUAAAGCCGAGCAAAAACAAUCAAAAUUGCGACAACAAAAUUCAUUACAACUAAAUUCGGUGCCAAAUCCAACACCAACUGUUAUGCCACGAUCCGACAGUUCCGUGUCCGUAAAUACGGGUAAUAUAAGUAGUACAGUAGCAUCAGCUGCAUCUACCUCGAUGUCGAAUGUAACGGAAUCGCCAAAUCGACAAGAAACCGGUGAAAAUCGCUCUGCGCUACUUAACUCAAUUUGUAAUUUUGAUAAAUCGGCACUAAGAAAGCUAGCAUAAAAAUACAAACAAUACAAAUACAAAACGAAAACAUUGAUUCGACAUAAACAUAAAUUAUUACAUAUAAAGCUAACACAUUGAAUGUUAUCAACAACUAAAAAGAAUCUUAACUGAUAUGCACGCAAAAAAAACAACAACAAAUAUUUAUUUAAUGGAAUCACCAUAGAGAGAUAAAUAAAACCAAAAUAAAAUUUAAUCGUGAAUAUCAAUGUGAAAUUUUAGAAUUUAUAUACAGAUAAAAACUAAAGAAAACUACUAAAUUAUACAGUCAAAUAUACAAUUCUAUAUAAUACUUAACAAAGAAAAAAAAAACAACAAAAUUAACAAAAAAAAUCAAAAUUCAUAUAUUUAAUAAUAUUAAGACAUCAAUGUUUUGUGAAGCUCACGAUAUUUUAGCAAAAACCAUCAGAAGAAAUGCUUUUUUUUGAUAUUGCUAAAUGGAAAUUAUGUGCCAAAGCACAAAAAAGAUGAAAUAAGAACUCGAUGAAAUUGAUUCCGUAGCCAUAAAUAAAUGUGUUAAAUGUAAACAAAAGAAUACAAAUCUAUGUUGAGAAAAAAAAAUUGAAGAAAACCAAGACCAAAAAAACAAACUAAAUGUCUAAU